UAAAUUAAAGAAAUCCGGCAACCCUGUUACUGAGUAUUUUUUUGUUUUUAAAAAUAAAGAAAUAAUAAGUAAUCAUCGUAAGCAGUGAAUAGAAAAAAUAUUGCGAAAUAAAUAAUGGAGGAACUUUUAAACGAGGUUGUUCCCCAGGAUGAGCUAGAGAAAUUCGAGAAAAAAUAUGCUCAUGAACUUGAAUUAGAUGGAGAAGUAUCUGUAGAAACCAAAUUCGAGUAUGGGUUCUGCUUAGUUCGCAGCAGAUAUACCAACGACAUCAGAAAGGGCAUUAUGAUAUUGGAGGAUUUAGCACGAAUACAUCCGGAGGGAAGACGCGACUAUAUUUAUUAUUUGGCUUUUGGUAAUGCUCGAAUAAAAAAUUAUUCAGAAGGCCUAAAAUAUUGUCGGGCAUUUUUGGAUAUCGAAUCAAAUGAUCAAGUUCGAUCUUUAGAGGAAUAUAUUAAAAAACAAAACGACAAGGAAAUGGCCAAGGGCAUGGCAGUAGCUGGUGGUGCUGCUUUAGUUUUGGGAGGAAUUCUUGGACUUGGGAUAGCUCUAGCGAAAAAUAAACAAAAACGCAAUAAAUAAAUGCAGGAUAUUUGCUACAAAUGUAUCUAACUGAUAUUUGCAUUCAAUUCAAUGGAAUCACCCUUAAACAAUAAAAUAUAAAUUCAUACAAACGUAUGUAUUCACGCAAAUAUUAACAUUUAUACAUGAAAAAUAGAAGUUAGAGAUCACCGAGAUAUAUCCGCUGAAUGUGAUACUUGUUGCAUAAAUAAAAUAAAAACAAAAGCUUAUCAUUGAUGAAAUAUAUACAAUUUGUAUAUGUUUUAUGAAUGAUAUGUGGACAAAAUAACCUAUUUUUAUAAAUAGUUAAUAAAAUUUUUGUUAUGUUUGUGAUUAUAAAUUAUAUUCCAUUUUUUCCUUAUUUCGUUAUAAAUUCGAAAUAAAACUGUUGUAGCAUGUGUUUUAAAUAAAUUAACAUUUCUUAAAUAAAA